AUGAGUCUAAAGAGUGGAGAGACGCCCAUAGCUAGGGCGAUUGCUCACUUCAUUCAUAUCAUUACUGGUGUGGCUCUGGGCCUUGGUAUCGCCUUUGGCAUCAUCGCCUACGCCAUGGGCUACUCCUGGAUCAAAGCCAUCGUCUUUCUCAUCGGCAUUAUCGUCGCUAAUGUACCUGAGGGCCUUCUGGCUACUGUCACGGUAUGCCUCACCCUGACAGCCAAACGCAUGGCCAAGAAGAACUGUCUGGUGAAGAACCUGGAGGCCGUGGAGACCCUGGGCUCGACCUCCACCAUCUGCUCGGACAAGACGGGCACCCUCACACAGAACCGCAUGACCGUGGCACACUUGUGGUUUGACGACGAGAUACAUCAGGCCGACACCAGCGAGCAUCAGACUGGCACAGAGAACAACCCGUUCAGUAAGUUCGCCGGCUGGGAACCCAUCUCUCGGUGCGCCAUGUUGUGUAACCGGGCCCAGUUUGUGGCGGGGCAGGACAAAGUGCCCAUCAUGAAGAGCAUGACAAUGAGUUUCGCGGACUUGUACCUCCCCAAGAGCGAGUUCCCCGUGGACUUUGUGUUCAACACGGACAAGCCCAACUUUCCCCUCACAGACCUACGCUUUGUGGGGCUUAUGUCUAUGAUCGACCCACCCAGGGCCGCCGUGCCGGACGCCGUGAGCAAGUGUCGCAGUGCCGGGAUCAAGGUGAUCAUGGUGACGGGAGACCACCCCAUCACCGCCCACGCCAUCGCUAAAGGGGUGGGAAUUAUCUCCCCUUUCAACAUGACGGCCGAGGAAGUGUCCAAGCAGACUGGGAUUCCAGUCUCGGAGGUCCCCCCAGAGUAG